AUGAGUUGGCGUUUUAUUCUGAUGGUUAUUAUUAGUAUUUCAUGGAUACCGAUACUAAUCUUCUUUGUGACUAAUAUUAAUUCAAAAUUAAUUUCUCAAGUUCAAAUAACUAUAUCAAAACCAUGGACAUUAGUAACUCGAAAUAAUGUACGUCUAAGUAGAUUAUAUAAAAAAUAUAAUUUAUUAUUAAAUUUGACAGCAUUUAAAACGAAUCAUUUAUCAAAUAAAACAAUAAUUUAUUCUUGUACAUCAUUUUGUGGUGGUUGGGGUGAUCGAUUACGUGGUAUUAUAUCUGCUUAUAUUCUUGCUUUAUUAACUGAUCGUCAUUUUAUGAUUGAUAUGAAUUAUCCUUGUGAUAUUUUAAAAGUAGUUGAACCUAAUUUUGUUAAUUGGACAUAUGUUAAACACAAUAAAUCGAAAAAUCGAACUCGUUUGUAUAUUAAUACCAGAGAUGGGCAAGUCAUUUUUCAAGUCAUUUAG